AUGACUUCCAACAGACCCUCGCAAACCGAGGUCCAUCAGACUGUCAAGCAGCUCAUCACCAACCUGGUCAACAUCAAAGACGCCACAGGAAAGUUCCUGCUGCGGCUACAGGAUGGUCGGGUUAUUGACACCAAAUCCUGGCACGGGUGGGAGUGGACGCAUGGUAUCGGGCUGUACGGCAUCUGGAAGUACUAUGAGAUGACCGGCGAUGAGUCCCUCCUGCGCAUCAUUGAAGAUUGGUUUGCUGCGCGGUUCGCCGAGGGCGGCACCACCAAGAACAUCAACACCAUGGCGGUCUUCCUGACGCUGGCCUACGUCUACGAGAAGACGGGCAACGUGACCUAUCUCCCCUGGCUGGAUGCCUGGGCCGAAUGGGCCAUGUACGAGCUGCCUCGCACGCGGUACGGCGGCAUGCAGCACGCAACCUACCUGACCGAGAACUACCAGCAGCUGUGGGACGACACGCUGAUGAUGACCGUCCUGCCGCUGGCCAAGAUCGGCAAGCUCCUGAACCGUCCCGAGUACGUUGCCGAGGCCAAGCGGCAGUUUCUCGUUCACAUCAAGUACCUCUUCGACACCCAAACCGGCCUCUGGUUCCACGGCUGGACUUUCGAGGAGGGAGGGCACAACUUUGCACGCGCACGCUGGGCCCGCGGCAACAGCUGGGUCACCAUCGUCAUCCCCGAGAUUAUCGAGCUGCUCGACCUCGAGCCGACGGAUCCGAUCCGCAUCCACCUCGUCGACACGCUCGAGGCCCAGUGCGAGGCCCUGCAGCGGCUCCAGGAGAGCGAGACGGGCUUCUGGCAUACCCUCCUCGACCAUCCGGACUCGUACGUCGAAGCGUCUGCAACCGCCGGGUUUGCGUACGGCAUCUUGAAAGCCGUCCGCAAGCGAUACAUCGGCGCGCAGUAUCGUCCCGUCGCGGAGAAAGCGAUUGUGGCGGUGAUGAGCUCGGUGGAUGAGCACGGUGAGCUCCAAAAUACCAGCUUCGGCACGGGGAUGGGUGAUUGCUUGCAGUUCUACAAGGACAUUCCGCUGACGGCAAUGCCAUACGGGCAAGCGAUGGCAAUCAUGGCGUUGGGAGAGUAUCUGCGGACCUUUCUCUACGGAAUGCAUGUGUCAGUCUUGCACGAUCUGAUAAAAAGAGGAAACAUCUUCCUGAGAAUUUCGUUCACCGUGAUACGUAGAGAGUUCCCUGACUGUGCGCAGUUCCUCAUCGAUGGAGACAUCAUACGGGCAGUUGCAGGUGCAGGUUCUCUGCAGGUCCAUCGUAAGGACCACAUUAAUUGGAAACACCGCAGUUUUAUCGAGUCACUGUCUAUGAGAGCGAUGGCAUGUACAUUAAAGCUGAGCUCAGGUGGGGACAAUGGGAUCAGCGAGGGGGUCGGAAAAGAUUCCGAAUGGCUUCAGGAACAACGGAAACGGAAAGAAUCCCGGCGUGCAAAGCCCGAAAACAGUGGGACAGAUGAGCCCAUCGUGAUCCCCAGUCACCCGCCAUCUCCAGCUCUGCCGAGAUCGACCCGUGCCGCUCCCCCACUGAUCUCUACCGGGACCUUGGUCGCAACCUACUCCCCCCGUCGUCGGUGCGUCAAGAAAUGGACCGAGGACGACUCGACCAUCUGCCAGCGCGACGCUGCCCUCGGAAAGGGCCGUUCCUGCAGUCGAGCCGACGCGGAAUGCAGCGCCUCCCAAUCACUUGUACGGUCCGCUCUCCGCUGUGCAGAAACUCACUGGUCGUGCGCGGCGGAGAGCAUGCGCUGGGAUGGAAAAUGCUCUGGAGGCAUAUGGCAUGAGCGCAAGAAUGAAGAGGAAACACCUACCAAGGAAACUGCUGGAGGUGGACCAUCGGCACAGGAAAGCGGCGAGAUGUUGAAGGCGAUCCGGUCGUUGAAUAAGAAUGUGGUUCGGUAG